AACCCCACAAAUCCUUUUUACCCUGAAACAGUGUCAGAUUGUUAUUAUAAAGAAUUAAGAAAAUCAAUAAAGUUUUGACUUUGCUUUUAUACGCACAAUAAUAAUAUAUACUAACAAUUCUUUGGUAGUACUGUAUAAUAAGAUAAGAUAUGCUAGUAUUAUAUAUUUUUACCAAUGUCAGGGUGGAGUUAUAUAGGCUAUUAUAUAGUAUAGGUAUGUGAACAGUGUCUGGGGGUUAGGGAGAGACUAGAAAGGGACCGUCUUUAUUACCAUAGCGUAAAAGGGUCUCUCUUAUCUCACUUUGUUUUUGUUUCAAAAGCAAAAAAACAAAGCCUGAAGCUUUGAUGGGUUCUUGCUGUUACAUCCUCGGUAAUCUGGAGGAAUUCAUGGCUAUGUCACAGCUUUUCUGUACAAUUGCCUUUUCUUGGGCUUUGCAUCUAUAUCUAUAUCCCCUUCUUAUUCUUACUGCUAGUACUUACUAUUUUAUCAGCUUUGGAGCUUGUACAUCUUAUCAGCCUCUUCGGUUGUUUCAGUUCUGGAUCUUCUGCUGCAUGGAAAAUACUAAAGGCUGAAUAUAUUAUUAAGUUGUGAAUGGCAUCAGCAUCGUGUGUUAUUAAGAAUCCAUUACCUAUGAAAGAGACAGCUAUGAGCUAUGGUGAAUAUCCUUCUCCUAUGGCAACAUAUGAGGAGGUUGUAGAUAAUCCCAAGCUCUUCAUGCUUAGCUUGGAGAAGCUUCACGCCCUAAUGGGCACCAAGUUCAUGAUUCCCGUUAUUGGGGGAAGGGAAUUGGAUUUACAUCGCCUCUUUGUUGAAGUGACUUCUCGUGGAGGGAUUGAGAAAAUCAUUAAAGAGAGAAAAUGGAAAGACGUGACUUCAGUUUUCAAUUUUCCAUCAACGGCUACAAAUGCUUCUUUUGUGUUACGAAAGUACUAUACUUCAUUACUCUACCACUACGAACAAAUUUAUUAUUUUAAAGCUCAUGAUUGGACCCAUACACCAUCCGAUGCUUUGCAAAGUCAAUCACCCAUCCCAGUUCCCGCUCCAAAGAUGCAGCAGUUUAUGCAUCCUUCAUCUGAAGUUCAACCUGCUGUCUUUCAACAGUUAAAUGCUAAUGCUGCUAGAUUGCCUGAAGCAAUGGCAUCAUCUUCGGCAGGGUCUCCAGUUGUUGGGGUCAUUGAUGGGAAGUUUGACAGUGGAUAUCUAGUUACUGUCACAAUCGGUUCAGAGAAACUUAAAGGCGUACUUUAUCAAGCUCCACAAAAUCCUGUGUUGCCAGCAUCUCACCAUAGUGCUUCAACUAACAACAACAAUGUGACUGGCUCAGUGGGUGUUCAUCGUCGCCGACGCAGAAAGAAAUCAGAAAUGAAAAGGAGAGAUCCUGCUCAUCCUAAACCAAACAGAAGUGGAUACAAUUUUUUCUUUGCAGAACAGCAUGCAAGGCUAAAACCCCUUAAUCAAGGGAAGGACAGAGAGAUCAGUAGGAUGAUCGGUGAACUAUGGAACAAGUUAAAUGAAUCCGAAAAAGCAGUUUAUCAAGAUAAAGCCAUGAAGGACAAAGAGAGAUACAGAGCAGAAAUGGAGGAUUAUCGUGAAAAGUUGAAGAUGGACCAAGUGAUCAGCAAUGCUGUGCCACUUCAACAGCGACUUCCCGAAGUGGAUACUGACAUGCUGAAUGCUGACAUGAAAUUGGAUGAAGCUGAAGCAGAUUCUCCUCAAACCCCGGAGGAGAGCAGUUCCGGUGGAAGUGAGUAUGAAGAUGAUAAAGCUAUGGAGAAAGAUUAUAGUAUGGAUGCAUUGCCUGUCAUAGGAGUUGGAGCUGAAUCUAUGAAUUCAAACGAGAAGUCAUCUAAGGGGGGUUUAUGAGCUUAUUGAAGAGACAUAGAGGAGUGGUAGGGAAUGGGAGAAGAGGACUAAGGUAAGGUAGCACAUAGAAAUAGAUAUUGUUACGAAACAUUUUUUAGAUUUCUUGCAGUGGAGACUUUGAGGUAGGAUUGAGAUGCAGUGAUUACCCGCUUCCACAAUCUCAGUGAUCAACUGGGUUUUGUCAUUUUAAUAUUCAAUUUAAGGUGUUAAUUUUGGCUUAA